UAUCAUACAAAUCCAAUGCAGUUAACAAGCGUAUGACCCGAUGAUGAAGCGGGUGAAUGGCAUGACCCCCACCGAUGGACAGCCAUUCAAUCGGCUAUUAUUUAUACUCAUAUUCAACAUCACGUUAUUAACGUAUAUAUUAUGCGCGGAAUAUUCUGUCGCCAAGAAUAAGAUUCAAAGUGCAGCACUUCUCUCCGGCAUUAAAUUACCAAUUAAUACGAUUGAAGACCAAACAGCACUGUGCGUAGACAUGCCCUCCCCCUUCGACAUACACACACAGCACCGACACUACGACUAUGUCGGUGCCAUUAUAUUAUAA